AUGGAACACGCCGUAAGGAGCUCCAAUGGGCCUGCGAAACUCAGUCCUCCCGCGAAGCAGUCACCGACUAACAUCCCACUUUCCGUAACACAGGACGUCGUCCCCUCCCUUGCGACCAUCCAGGACCUCCUCUCCCAACCGCAACAGAGCGCCAAGAAGGCCAACCUCGUCCCCGUCUAUGGCCAGAUCUCCGCCGACCUGAUCACCCCGUCGGCCGCCUACCUCAAGGUCUCGUCGCACUCCAAAUCCGACUUCUCCUGCCUCUUCGAGAGCGCCGCCACCGAGCGAGUCGGCCGGUACAGCUUCGUCGCCUCGGGGCCCCGCAAGAUCAUAAAGACUGGAGAGGGCCAUGGCGAGUCGGUCGACCCGCUUCCCGGUCUGGAGAAGGAGCUCGCGCAGUACACCGUGCUCGAGGUGCCCGGCCUGAAGCUGCCUCCUCUCAGCGGUGGUGCCGUCGGCUAUGUGGGCUACGACUGCGUGCGCUACUUCGAGCCCAAGACGGCGAGGCCGAUGAAGGAUGUCUUGAAGAUCCCAGAGUCGCUCUUCAUGCUGUUCGACACCAUAGUGGCGUUUGAUAGGUUCUACGGCGUCAUCAAGGUCGUCACAUACAUCCCCGUCGCCGAUAGCUUGGACGCCUUGCCUGCGGAGUACGAAAAGGCCACACAAAGGAUUGCAGAGCUGAUCGACGUGCUCAACUCGCCCGAGAUACCAAUUCCCGUCCAGGGCCCCAUAAAGCUAGGUAAUGAGGCGACGUCGAACAUUGGGCGCGAGGGCUACGAGAACCAUGUCACGACGCUCAAGAAGCACAUUGUGAAGGGCGACAUCAUCCAAGCCGUGCCGUCACAGCGGUUCGCAAGGCCGACGAGCCUGCACCCUUUCAACAUCUACCGUCACCUACGCACGGUCAACCCUUCCCCAUACCUGUUCUACAUUGAUUGCAAAGACUUCCAGAUCAUUGGGGCAUCGCCGGAGCUGCUCGUCAAGGAGGAGGAGGGUCGCAUUAUCACCCACCCUAUCGCCGGUACGGUCAAGCGUGGCAAGACGCCCGAGGAGGAUGAGAAGCUGGCGACCGAACUGCGCAACUCACUGAAGGACCGGGCCGAGCACGUUAUGCUGGUCGACCUGGCACGGAACGAUGUGAACCGAGUGUGCGACCCCCUGACCACUAGGGUAGACCGACUCAUGGUCGUCGAGAAGUUCAGUCACGUGCAACACCUGGUCUCACAGGUGUCUGGUGUGCUGCGGCCAGGCCAGACCAGGUUCGAUGCUUUCAGAUCCAUCUUCCCUGCCGGCACAGUCUCCGGCGCGCCCAAGGUGAAGGCGAUGGAGCUGAUUGCCGAGCUCGAGAAGGAGAAGCGAGGUAUCUACGCCGGUGCGGUUGGUUACUUUGGCUACGGCUCAGUGGACGUCGAGGGCAAGGAGGCAGAAGGCGCCAUGGACACCUGCAUUGCUCUUAGGACAAUGCUGUACAAGGACGAGGUGGCUUACCUCCAAGCCGGAGGCGGCAUUGUGUUCGACUCGGAUGAGUACGAUGAGUGGAUGGAGACUAUCAACAAGCUUGGCGCCAACACCACGACGCUCAAGUCGGCGGAGCUGUUAUACGCCAAGCGCCAGAAGUAG